CUGGUUGAACAAUUUUAAGGAACCCGUGCGUCAGCGGAUCAGCAGUCAGAAUUCAGUCGCUUCCACGGCCAGCAGCCAGCCGGGAACCCCUUCCAACAGCGCCUGAAACGAUCUCUAGCCGCAGGAGAACUAAUAAGGAAUCAUCAAAAACGAUACUUUUGCUCGUAAAAUUUCAUUUUCGAGUUCCGCCGUUGCAACAUUCAUCUUCGACAGGCGGAGUAAACAGAAGAGAAAGAGAAGGCGGUCCAGAUCGGAGAAACUUCUUUCGCUUCCGCUCGGCCACUUUAAAGAGGAGGCACAGUCGCUGCAUCAAGUCAUUCACUAGCCAUCCAGCCACCAAAGCACAACUCAAGUUAUUUAUUCCUCAUUCAUAGUUCAUCUUUUGUGACAGAACAAGGAAAACAAAGAGAGGAUCUAAAAAAUGAUGAAAGCCUUGAUAAUGGUGCUCCUCCUCGUAGGAGCCGCGUUUUGCCAAGAGGCCGUCCCGUCCGAGCAAUCGACGCUUCAUCCCGACGACAAUCUAAUUGCCACCAGCACGGUCGCUUCUAAUAACAAGGAAGUGAACCAAGGAGAUGAACCCAGCGUUUUACUACCGGCGCCAGUCGAUGUGUCUUUCGCCGUUGGCGUCAAAGAACAAGGCGACGGAGAAGGUGUUAUUCCCCGCGUCGAAAUUGAUACUGAUGGCGUCCCAAUUGUUCACGGAGUCGUUCUGCCCGAUGACCCCAAUGACACGAAAACCUGGCGCAAUGCUCGCGUCUUAAACAACGUCCUGCUCGACAAACAACAGCAGCAGCAACAGAGAGAUGACAACAACUCUGCCAUUCAAGAACAACAAGACAUGUUCAUCUACAGGCCUGCGAGCUCCGUCCGCAUUCUCAAUGACGAUUUCCAGCCUAGUCAAGCCGAUACCUCGUCUUUCUCACCGUCGUUGCCUUACCCGGCUUAUUAUUACCAGCGAUUCUACCAGGACAAGAGCUCGGCACAGCCCCAACUUCCGGAUUCGUUGGCUGUCGAGACGGACGAGGAAGAUUCGUCCAGCAAUCCCAGCGAAGCCGUUGAGUCAGUGUCGGAAGUAGACCCCAAUGUCGACGGAAGAGGCUUCAACAUCAAGAAGAAAAACACCGGCAUCGUCAAGGCGAAACCAGGAUCUUCAUACGGCUCUGGCGCUCGACCCAUUACCUACUACGUCAAAGCAGAAGAGGCCAAAGAAAUCCACGAUGACCGCAGUCCCUACGAAUACGAACCGGCCCAGCACCAGACUAGCUACUACACCAGUGAUUAUUCUACUCAGGAAUCCGUCUCUAAACAAGACGUCCAAUACUACCAGCAACAACUUGAGCAGCAACAACAGCAACAACUGCAACUGCAACUGCAAGAGGAACAGCAGAUGAAAUUGAAACAUCAACAAGAACAAAAGCAACUUCAGCUCCAGCAAGAACAGCAACUGAAAUUGCACCAACAGCAACUCCUCCAGCAACAACAGGAUCAGCAAUUGAAACUGCAACAGCAACUUCUUCUUCAACAACAACAGGAGCAAGAGAAACUUCAAUUAGCUCAAUCUCAGCAGCAGUAUCAACAGGAAACCAACCCACAACGUACUGGAUACUACCAACAAAAUGGCUUUGUGCCCGGUAACGUUGUUCCGGCACCUCAAGAUUCAUUCGUCAUUCGAGACCAGACCUACACCAGUGGAGGCCAGACUUUCUCUGUACCCAUUCCCGUUCCCAAGGAUCAGUACGUACAACAAUACGGUCAGCAGUAUGCUCCUCAACAGCAGUAUGCUUCUCAACAGCAGCCGCAGUACGCGUACAAUUUCCAGCAGUAUCCUCCUCAGUUCUCUCAACAAUAUUACAAACAACAGCAACAGACCCAGCAGCCACUCGACUUCCUUGGCGCCAAGUUUAAGGAGCAGGUCCAGAAAGCUAAGGACAAGUUGCACGGAAUUACUGAUCCGGUGGUCGACCCUUUAAUGGAAGCUGGACAAAAGAUCUCAACUAAUUUGGGUCUGCCAGAUCGCGUUAACCAGAUCAACCAGAAGGUUGCCACUCCCGGUAUUCUCGUACCUUUGGCCAUGGUUGGUGGCGCCGCUCUGGCCCUUGGCGGUCUCGGCACGGCCAUCCAUUUGAGCAAUCCCGACACCAAGAACAACGUCUUCAAGACCCUCAAGAUUGACAACUCGACUCUGGCUGAACGCAUCACCACUGCUUUGCAUCCGUUCCGCAACACUAGUCGAGUCGCCCGCUCCGCUGACGACGAGGAUGAAGGCUAUCCGGCAGCAUCCGAAUUCGUCGACGAAGAGAAGGAGAACCUCCUCAAUCACGUCCUGUCUGCCCUCAAUGGCCCGCAAAAGUCGUUCCUGGCUCAGAUGCAACAGACGGGCUUUGACGAAUGGCAGAAGACGCCGUGCGCCAAGCGAAUCUUUUGUGACGUCAUGAUCCAGCAAAAUGACGACGCCAUUAAUCUCAUGGAGAAACGCAUGUCCACCUUCCUCAGUCUACUGGACAGUGGAGUGGCGCGCAAUUUGCAAGCUCUGACGUCUGACGUGAUGGAUGGAAUUCGCCGUAGGAAUUGUCGAUCAUUCGUUUGCGGUAGCGCUCAACCUCAUGCCCAACAACAGUGAUACGCUCCGUAAAAACGGCCGACAUUCACGAGACACAAAAGAGCAAUUCCAACCUGCUACUUUACAUUAGCGCCCAAACGGCGUCUCGGUCUUAUAUUACUUUUGUUUUUUGUCUCCAGCGUGCAUUCUUUUCUUUUUUUUAAUAAGCCUUUCGUUAAUAAGUUAUUGAUGAUAUAUUACUUAUUAUUGACUAAUUCUCUAUAGUUCGGACUAUCAUCAAAAGCUUGGAAGAAACAGCAAAGUGUCAGAGAACCAUUUUAUUAUACGAACGCAAUUUCCGAACUGGUUUCGGCAAUUGGCAACUGGAGUAUUAGUUAACUUUAUAGUAAAAAAAAAAACGCCUCUAUAUCUCGUGCUGUUUUGUUUCGUGUGUCGCCUCAAAGGUUGUUGCUUCAUUUUUUUGCAUCGACGUAACCCGCACACGUUUUUCUCGUUCGUCAGCCCGAUCUACUUAUUUACUAACGCUAUAUUUACAACGGUUUGAAAAUACAAAUGUCCAACUUUA